GGAUUUUGGCGUUAUCGCUGUUUUGCAAUGGAUACGUGUGAGCGGAAACCGGUCCGCUCGGCGUUCCAAGCGGAGAUGACAAAAAGGCGCUUAUCGGUGUGCGACCAUUAUCUUUCUCCUCCCCCUCUGAUUCAUACCUACUUGUACACCCGCUCUCCCCAACAAUCGUUACAUUCCAAUCAUUUUACAUAUUGAGCUUCAACAAAGUGAACCAAGACAAUAGAGAGAAUGAGUCCCCCGGCUGCUUUGGAUAAUGUGAAUGGCUCUGCCCCGGCCCCUUUGACUGUGGAGAGCAUUCCUGCCCUGAGAGCCAAGAGCGCACCAAUGCCCACCGGUGUUGCACCUGCGACGAGUAGUGAUGUGUUCAAAAGCCAGGCAUGUUAUACUAAGCCCAAGGCUAAACGAUGGGAUCAUAUUCUCUCUACAGAAGCCAAAUCUCGGAAGGUAUCCACUUUGAAGGGUGCUGCAAAAUACUUGAAAAACCCAGGCCUCAUCUCCCUCGGCGGUGGACUGCCAUCUCCGGAAUAUUUCCCUUUCGAAGAGCUCAAUGUCAAGGUCCCAACGCCACCAGGAUUCACGCCCGAAGCUACCCGUGAAUCCGGAACUGUUCUGCACACCGGAAAGAGCGAUAUUAGUGAGGGGAAGGGUCUGUAUGAUCUUGAGAUUGCUCUUAACUAUGGCCAGGCCAUGGGUGCUCCCCAACUGCUUAGAUUUGUUACUGAACACACUGAGCUUAUUCACAACCCCCCGUAUUCGGACUGGCAAUGUUGCCUGAACUGCGGUAGUACUUUUGGAUGGGACGUGGCGCUCAGACUCUUUUGCGAGCGAGGCGAUUAUAUCAUGAUGGAAGAAUAUACCUUCUCCAGCGCACAAGAGGCCGCGCUCCCACUGGGUUUGAAAGUUGCGCCUAUUAGGAUGGACGAGGAGGGCCUCUUGCCCGAGUCCCUGGACGAAGUCCUAAGCAACUGGGAUGAAGCCGCUCGGGGUGCCCGAAAGCCUUUCGUUCUUUACACUAUCCCUACAGGACAAAAUCCCACCGGAGCUACCCAGCAAAUCGAGAGACGCAAGGCAAUCUACAAGGUCGCCCAGAAGCACGAUGUUUACAUUGUGGAAGACGAACCAUACUACUUCCUGCAGAUGCAGCCAUACACUGGCGCGGAUAGUGAGCCUGUUCCGCCGCCCGCCAACCACGACGAGUUCAUCAAAUCUCUUAUCCCAUCCUAUCUGAGCCUUGACUCAGAUGGCCGUGUCCUACGACUGGAAUCAUUCUCCAAGGUUCUUGCUCCUGGUUCCCGGACCGGCUGGGCUGUUGGGUCCGAGCAGAUCAUUGAACGAUUCACCAGAACAUGCGAGACUACCUCUCAGAACCCAAGUGGUGUCUCGCAGCUGAUGCUUUACAAGCUGUUGGAUGAGCAUUGGGGUCACUCUGGAUACCUAGACUGGCUGAUCAAGCUGCGUAUGUCAUACACAGCUCGUAGGGAUUCUAUAGUGCACGCCUGUGAGAAGUAUCUCCCUCACGAAAUUGCCCAUUGGAACCCCCCUGCAGCGGGGAUGUUUCACUGGGUUGAAGUCGACUGGCGGAAACACCCUGGACUUUCAUCUGGCAAGACGCGCGAAAUUAUUGAAGAGGAAGUCUUCCAGGCUGCAGUCAACAACGGUGUUCUGAUCUCCCGUGGUAGCUGGUUCAAGGCCCAAGGCGCCAGCGAAGAAAAGCUGUUCUUCCGCGCUACAUUUGCCGCCGCUAGCUCCGACAAUAUUGCUGAAGCCAUUUCUCGAUUCGGCACAACGUUGAGGCAAGAGUUUGGCUUGAACUAAAUCAGCAGUCCA